GGAAGGCAAGCUAGCUGUGGGGAGAGCAGGGGAAGUCAUUAUGCAGUACUAGCCAACUGUAUAUAAGGCCUAUGACAGAGAACCAGAGGAUCUCUGUGAGCGCUCCACUUCGUUUCGAGUAUCAGUUUCUGUCUUUUUUCUCUCCGUCCUCUGAGCUAGAAUGCUGCGCUACGUUGUGGCCCUCUGUCUCCUGGCUCUGUCCUGGGCGCAGGACUGCCAGGUGGCCAACGUCCAGGUCAUGCAGAACUUUGACAGAACAAGGUAUGCAGGGACAUGGUACGCCGUAGCAAAGAAGGACCCAGAGGGUUUGUUCUUAAUUGACAACAUCGUGGCCCAGUUUACUAUCCAGGAGGAUGGAAAAAUGACCGCCACUGCUAAGGGCAGAGUUAUAAUCCUCAACAAUUGGGAAAUGUGUGCCGACAUGUUGGCCACCUUUGAGGAAACCCCUGACCCUGCCAAGUUCAGGAUGAAGUACUGGGGAGCUGCAUCCUACCUGCAGACUGGAAACGAUGACCACUGGGUGAUUGACACCGACUAUGACAACUACGCCAUCCACUACUCGUGCAGACUAGUAGACUCUGACGGCACUUGCCUGGACAGCUACUCCUUCAUAUUCUCUCGUUAUCCCACCGGUCUGAGGACGGAGGACCAGCACAAUGUGAACCAGAAGAAGUUGGACCUCUGCCUGCUGGGCAAAUACAGACGCGUUGCACACACUGCCUUCUGCGAGAGCAGCUGAUCUGUUGACACACGUCUGGGACGAUGUGUUCCCCCUCUGCUUGUCUCGGACUGAAUCCCAGCAGAGUUCUCUCUCCUCUUGGCAGUCCAUUCUUCUUUUAAAAAUAAACUUAAAAAAUGACGAUUUCCAAACUGUCACAUUCACAUGACCUUACUGUAAAUAGAAAAGGAAAGGUGACUGUCGAAGUGUGUUGUCACUUUCCCCAGAAAUAUCCCCUUUAGUAAAGGGGAUUAUGGGUUCGUUUAAACAUUUUAGUCCUCAACAUCUGUCACGUGUUGUUUUGUCUGUGUAGUAAACUUCAGAGUGGUGUAAAACAAUCUUCCUCAUGGAAAUAAAAUACAACUUUUGGAGCUUUUCAAGCCAAUGUGACAAAUAAUCAGUCUUUUUUCUUGAAGUGAAACUGAAUUCUCAGCAUUUCUGCAGCUUUAAGCACCAUGUUUACCACAAAACCAGGUCACUUGCUUUUACACUGAAGAACAUACAGUAUCUUGUAGCACGUAGAUAUUGUUAAUUAACUUUAAUACAUACACAUUAAGCCACGUGUCAUACAGGCACAAUAGUUUGGUUGUUGCUUGAUUGUAUGAUGUGAACUUCUUGAUCCAGUUUUGGAAAUAAAACAUUCAUAAUGUGUUAGUUCAUUCAAUUUUUGAUUGCCAUAACAUAUUUAUCUGUAUCACAGCGUUGCAAAUAAUGAAUUCAUGUUGUUUGCCUUCAAAUUCAGUAAAUCAAAAUACAAGUAUAUGCAGAGUUGUGUGUGGCGGAGGGGUUUCUAUCUUUGUACCAUCGCGCAAAUAAACUUUAUUAAACAAAACAAUAGUUUGAUUAGAAUGAGCUUCUAGCAACAGCUUCCUACAAUGUAACAUAAUGUCUUAAUGAUUUACAUAUUACCUUUAUACUAUCACAUACGUCUAAAUAAAAGGAAAAGCUUA